AUGACUCCAGCACAACCAGCACAACCAACAUACCAAAUCCACGCCCUCUCAACCCUCGACCCUCCCUCCCUCGAACGCACCUGGCAAACGGCGCCGCACCCGCGCCUCCCCAUCGUCGCAACCUGCAGCUCGGACAAAACGAUCCGCAUCUACUCGCUCACAAACUUCCGACUCCUCUCCACAAUAACCGGCGGCCACAAGCGCAGCGUCCGCACCGCAGCCUGGAAACCGCACGUCGAAGGCGAAAGUGUGCUGGCAACGGGCUCCUUCGACGCAACAGCCGGCAUCUGGCGCCGAUGGGAUAAUUACCUUCCCACUUCUCAAGCCGCGGAGCUCCUAGCCAACACCGAUGAAGUCGCCGAAGGCAGUAACGAAGCCGCAACCGCAGCGCACCGCCCCACCCAAACCCUAGACCAUGAGGAUGAUGAAGAAGACGAAGAAGAAUGGCGCUUCGCCGUCCUCCUCGACGGCCACGACAGCGAAGUCAAGUCCGUCGCAUGGUCGCCCUCAGGCAUGCUUCUGGCGACGUGCUCGCGGGACAAAUCGAUCUGGAUCUGGGAGGAUCUCGACGACGGCGAUAAUAAUUUCGAGACUGUUGCUGUUAUGCAGGAGCAUGAGGGAGACGUAAAAUGUGUGGCGUGGCAUCCGCGCGAAGAGUGUUUGGUUAGUGGGAGUUAUGAUGAUACGAUUCGGGUUUGGAGGGAGGAUCUUGAUGAUUGGGGGCAGGUUGCUUGUCUCCGGGGCCAUGGGGGGACGGUUUGGGGGGUUGCUUUUGAGGGAGUAGCCCAUGGGUCUGGGGCUGGGGAGGAUGGUGAGGAGGAGAAGGUUGCGGUCAUGCGGGUUUGGAAGGAGCAGGAGCAGGUGCAAUUCAGGGCGUUGUCGGGUCCCAGGAUUCUUUCGUGUUCGGAUGAUCGCUCUGUGAGGGUUUGGAGGCGGUUGCCUAAGGAGGUCGACGCUCGUGGCGCUGGCAACAUGCCCAGUAUUAUUCGGCCCACUGGGCUUGAUGAGCACUGGGAGGAGGAGGCUACGCUCCCCCCAGUGCAUGAUCUGGCGGUUUAUUCGGUUGCGUGGAGUUCGAGGACGGGCCUGAUCGCGUCGGUCGGUGCUGAUGGUAGGAUUGUGGUGUAUGAGGAGCGGUUUGUCGCCAAGGAUGCGCAGGCUAUGGAGACGGACGCGUCCCUGCCUGAUGAGCAACAGCGACCCCCCAAACAGCCAUUGACGGAGUGGGUGGUUGUCGCUGUUCUGGUCGGGGCGCAUGGGAUCUACGAGAUUAACCAUGUUGCUUGGGCUAAGCGGGCGGAUCGCGGUCGGGAUACCACGAAAGAGGAGGAAAUCCUGAUUACUACGGCCGACGAUGGAAGCGUGAAGGUUUGGACGGUUGGGAAGUAG